UUUCUUGUGUUCACAAGCUUCCUCUAGCAAGCUUAGCUUCUCUCUCUCUCUCUCUCUCUCUCUCUCUCUCUCUCUCUCUCUCUCUCUCUCUCUGCUUUUUUCCUCUGAGAUCCUGGUUUGCCUCCUGUUCUUAGUGAAGCUGCAGUCCAUAGCGUUUGCAAUUCCAACAAGAGAUCGAUCAUGGUGGAGCGUAGUGUGAAAUCGGAGCAUGGAGGCGGCCUGUUCUUGCCUCCCGGGUUCAGGUUCCACCCCACAGACGAGGAGGUCAUCACGAGCUAUCUCCUGCAGAAGCUCUUGAACCCUAGCUUCGACCCACAAGCCAUUGGGGAGGUGGACCUCAACAAGUGCGAGCCAUGGGAUCUCCCAAGCAAGGCGAAGAUGGGGGAGAAGGAAUGGUUCUUCUUCUGCCACAAGGACAUGAAAUACCCGACGGGGAUGCGCACCAACCGCGCCACCAAGGAGGGCUACUGGAAGGCCACCGGCAAGGACAGGGAUAUCUUCAAGCCGGCUGCUGCUGGAGGUGCAGGCCGUGAGCUGGUGGGUAUGAAGAAGACGCUCGUGUUCUACAUGGGCAGGGCUCCAAGGGGAUCCAAGACCAACUGGGUGAUGCACGAGUUCCGACUCGAGGGAAAGUCCAGGCACAACAACUCCAAACUACGCUUCAAUCCUAAGGAUGAAUGGGUUGUGUGCAAGGUGCACCACAAGAAUGGGGAAGCCAAGAAGCCCGCCGAGGAGUACUCUGCCGGCACGCCCAACGUCAGCUCCGUGAUUUCAGACGACGCCGGCGAAGGAGAUGAUCAUUUUCUGGACUCCAUGAUCAAUUCCAUGUACUUCAACUCUGCCGGCAGCAGCCUGCCCAGCACGACGAACGUCAACGCCGCGGCGCCGCACAACGCGGACUACAACCCAAUUUCUUGUACCGUCAACCCAAUUUCGUCAACCUUCCUAACUACGGCUUCAACGACACAGCAAGCAUCAGCAACCUGCACCAGGUCGUCGCUCUGGCCAAAUUCAGCAGCUCCAAGAAGCAGCAGUAGCGGUUACAGCUCCUCGUGGAACAUGCUUCACGCAGACCAUAAUCAGGCAAUGGGAAGCUACAACUUGCAUCACCAGGCAAUGGUGGCUAAAGCUCUAGGAGGGGUCAUCUCUCCAAAUUUCGCUGGUGUUUUACCAAGUUCGUCGGUUACAGCAGGGUUUCUGCAGCAAAAUUCAGUGGGCAUGCCGCAGCAGAAGCUAGGGAACUACAGGGAAAGUUAUGCCACUAAUCUUACAAGUAGUAGUGCUUCUACCACUGGACCAGCUGCUAAGAACUUAGGUGAUGGGCUAGUGCGCUACUAAUUACAUAGUAGUACUUAAUUGGUUAGUGAUCAUUGUAGUUAUUUUGUGGCAGUUUUGUUGGUUGCUUAAUUGAUUGAGUUAGUUCUUGGAACACAGAGAGGUCAUAUAUACUGUUUGUUUUAGUGUUGUAAAGGACAGAUCGAUAUAAUGUUUGUUUGUUGGUGAGAAUUGAAUUUGUUUCUUGCUGGUGCUUA